UGCAAGUCAAUAAAACUUCGUGCACCAAUACACACAACUUCCAACAUGCAUCAGCUGGGCCAAAAUGGGGAUUAGCAAAGCUACCACUCUCUUUCUGUUCUUGCUCAGCUCAGUGAAAGGAGACAUACUGGAUGACUAUUUAAGAACAGAUGGUGUUUGGAUUCUUACUCRAAAUAAACAGUUUUACAAGACAAAUAAUGAAAAAGAAUGUGCGCAGAAAUGUGAAGCAGAAAGAAAUUUUACCUGCAGGGCUUUCCUAUUCACCAGGAAAAAGCUGCAGUGUUUAACACUGGCUGAAAAUGCUAAGAUGACGGUGAUGUUCUCCAGCCCAGAUGCAGUUCUUUAUGAGAAGCAAAUUUACCUUCUACAGUGUAAAAGAGGGAUUGGGACAGACUACAGAGGAACAGAAGCCAAGACUUGGAGGGAUAUUCCUUGCCAAAAGUGGGCAGAGAAAGUACCGCACAAACCAAAUUACACACCUGAAAAAUACCCCAAUGCAGGGUUGGAGGAAAACUACUGCAGAAAUCCUGAUGAGGAUGAAAGAGGACCCUGGUGUUACACAACAGAUCCUGCUAUUAGAUUUGAUUACUGUAAYAUCCCAGAGUGUGAGGACCAGGUCACGCACACUGAAGAAGGACCUACGGGGGAGUGCAUGCAGUGUAAUGGUGAGGACUACCAUGGAGAAGUUGCAAGAACAGAGUCUGGACUUGAGUGCCAGCGCUGGGAUGCCCAAGAGCCUCACAUGCAUGGAUUUACCCAGAGACACUAUCCAGGGAAGGAUCUGAAGAUGAAUUAUUGCCGCAAUCCUGAUGGUGAACUUCGGCCCUGGUGUUUCACUACCAACCCAAAUAAACGCUGGGAAUAUUGCAACAUUCCUCGUUGCUCUACAAGCCCACCAGUCUCUGGCCUAGGCUCCCAGUGUCUUUCGGGGAAAGGAGAAGACUAUCGAGGAAGAAUAACCACCACUGAAUCGGGAAAAACCUGCCAACACUGGAACACACAGUCUCCACACAAACAUGGCUGGAUUCCUGACAGAUACCCCUGCAAGGGCUUAGAGGAAAACUACUGUAGAAACCCUGAUGGAGAAAAGAAACCUUGGUGCUACACCACUGACAGCAGCAUGAGAUGGGAAUACUGCACAAUUCCUCYUUGUGAAGUGACAGAACAAGGGAUUGCUGAUGUGCCUGUACAAGUUCCCCUGACAGAGGAGUGCUACCGAGGCAAAGGUCAAAGUUAUCGAGGCACAAUGUCUGUCACUGCAUCGGGAAAGACGUGCCAGGCCUGGAACUCCAUGUUCCCACACAGGCAUAUAAAAACCCCGGACAGAUUCCCAGACGCGGAUUUGAGGGACAACUACUGUAGAAACCCAGAUGGUGACAGCAGCCCAUGGUGUUUCACCACCGACCCCAACACGUUAUGGGAGUACUGCAAUCUCAAGCGGUGUGACAAUCAUACACAAGAGCCUGCACUAAACGACUCCCCUGCAACGAUGGAACAAAACAUUGGAUGAGGUUAAGCAUACCUGGAAGUCAUCACAUGGACAAUCCAGUCCCUUAACAGUGCUGAAGAGGGAAGGAUGCAUUUUACCCUACCUAGGAUGUUGUUGGUACCUCAAGCACAGAGGCACACCAUGGGGUUGAUGCUGACAGACAAGCAGCACAAAAGAAAUCAUAUAGYACCUCUCUGAUUUCUGCAAACCUCAAAUCAAUGCCUUUGAUGUUUGUCACAAUCUAAGUAAGCUUCUGGUAAAUCCUCAAAGUUAACCUAACUUGCUCUCACUGACUUCAGGGGGAGAUGGAUUAGGCCCGCAACAGAUGUUUUAGAGCAAAAUACUUAGUUACUCAUCCUAAGUUAAACUUCUCACGAGGUCCCAAAAAGCAGUAAAGCCAGGGUGACUCUUAGUGGAUGAACAAAUUGAUAGCAAUUUUAUCAUAUUUCUUGAAUUUCACCUAAUGGUUUUGAGAUACAGGAAAGAAAUAAUUUUGUGGUAAGAGGAAAUAGAAAGUAUUUCACAUCCAGUGAAAAAGCAGUUGGGGAAAAUAAUGCAAAGCUUUAAUCUAACUCUUUUUUAAAAGUAUGUACUUAUAGACUGAAUUCUGUGGCUGACAU